AUGGUGGUUAAUGGAAGGUUGUGGUAUAACACAAGGAGGACUAUGAAUGCGGCAGAACAACUAGAAUGGGAUAGUUUAUGCAAUGAACUAGGUCCUGUACCAGUUUUUGAUGAAGAUAUGGAUGAAAUCACUUAUGAAGGAGAAUUCAGUGUGAAGAAGGUAUAUGAAAUGCAGAUGGCAGAUGCAGAGAUACCUUCAUUUCAGAAGUUCUUAUGGAGAAAACAGAUACCACCUAAGGUCAGUUUCCUUUUACGGGCAUAUAUGCAUGAUUCUAUUCCAACACUUUCUGAGCUUAGACAUAGAGGUGUAGAGGUUGCUUUAGAUAGAUGUCAUUUCUUCCUGACUGAGAUGGAAAAUGUUGAUCACAUGUUUGUGAACUGUAAAUGUUCUUAUGAUAUUUGGAUGAAUUUUUUGGGAGCUUUCAAAAUGCAACGCGUGAUGCCUACCACACUGCAAAGUUUAUUUGAGAUAUGGAGUCAAUGUAAGCUCAGAGGAAGGUGCAGGGAUGUAUGGGAAAGGAUUCACUAUGUGAUUGUCUGGCACAUUUGGCAGCAAAGAAAUGACAGAGCAUUUGGUGUUAGACAUAAGACAGUGUCUGAAUUGGUGUUGCUCAUUAAGCAUGAUAUUUUGGUUUGGCUACAUGAAAAGGAAACUUUUAAAAAUAUUCCUGUAACAUCUAUUUUGUUCAAUCGGGAGACGGCUCUACACUCGUAA